GUUAAAGAAGAUUAUAUUCCAAGUGUAUUAUUAUGUUUAGACCUAGCCGGAAAGUGGCUUCCAGGAGCUUUAUAACGACACCAAGUUUUCAUUAUAAGCUGCCCAUAACUAACCAUUCUUAUAUUGACGAUGACUUCUUAUCUUUGGUUAAUAAGCAACAAAUUGCUACCCACUUGGGAGAAUUAGGGCCAUACCCAUCAUACUCUAGUAUCUUGACACCACAGCACUUUUAUCAAAAUGAGGUGUUAAUGCAAUACCUGCAGAAAUCGGCACACCCGGUGUCUUUACGUCAAUUAGCUGGUUAUGGUAAGACUUUAAAUAAACAAAAGAUUUUGGCUCUGGCAAACUUUGUUAGAUUAGAAUUACCUAUUCGAUUGGCAUUAAGAAUAAGAGAUUUACAAACAUUACCGUUUGGUGUUGUUAAUAACUUUCAUUUGGCACAAAUAUAUGAAAGUUACUAUCAUCUGUUUAACGCAUUUCGUAAAAUUCCAACUAUCAAGACACUAGAAGAUAAUGAUAAGUUUUGCCAAACGUUAUCAGCUUUAUUAGAUGACCAUGUUUUCAAUUUGUCGCAUUUGAUGAUGGGAGCAUUAGAGGUUUCUAUUUUGACGAAUUUACCCCAGGAAGAUUUAGAUCAUUUCAUGAGUUCUAUGUUGAGAUCAAGAAUUAGUCGCCGUGUUAUCGUAGAAGAGCAUUUAUCAUUAACGGAAAACUACAAGACAGGACCUGCUUCUCCUAAACCUCCGCAUUAUAUUGGGGAGAUUUUCUACCAAUGUAAUGCCGUUGAACAUUUCAAUAUUGUUGCUGGUUUAGUGAAGAAUUCGAUGACCCAUAUUUUCCCUAAUAAAGAAAACAUGCCCGACUUAGAGAUCGAAGGUGACUUGGAUACAAGCUUCCCAUUUAUGGUUCCUCACUUGCAUUAUUUAUUUGGUGAAAUAUUGAGAAAUUCUUUCGAAGCAACUAUCAAAGAGCAUGGUAACAAUACCUCUAAAAAACUUCCGCCAAUAAAAAUUACAAUCAUAAAUUCUAGCCGUGAAGUUACCUUCAGAAUAUCUGACCAAGGUGGGGGUAUUAAUCAUAAUAAACUAGCACACAUUUGGUCAUUUGGUAAAUCCCCAGAGUUGGCACGAAAUAGUUUAUCUAGCUUUCAUCGUAUUCCAGGACUUCAAUUAUACUCUAACUUGAAGGUGACCGCAUCGGGCUCCUCCAUAGUAUCUUCUGAAAACCACCCAAGUAAAGACAUUUUCGAAGCUACAAAUAUUGGUGAUAUCAAUCAACAAAGGCUGAUAAAAACCAAAAAAUCAACUUUAGAAAAAUUAAUUACUCGUCCUUAUGAAUACAAAUUGGGUUUGGGUUUGCCAAUGUGUAAAGUUUAUGCAGAUUACUGGAAUGGUGAUUUACUGAUGAACUCUCUCGAAGGGUUUGGUAGUGAUACUUGUUUGAAGUUGAGUAAAUUAGGAUACCAUUCCAACGUUAUCCGAUUAGAUAGAGCUUGAUAUUUUUUUGCAGCAUAUUUUAUAUACGAUUUUAUGUCUCG